AUGGCCGCAAGCAUCGUUGGCAAGUACAAGCUGAAGUCCUCGGAGAACUUUGACGCCUUCCUCAAGGAGAUUGGCGUCGGCCUGGUGACGCGAAAACUGGCCAACGCCGCCUCUCCCUCGCUGGAGAUCACCGUUGAUGGGGAGUACACGUCACUGAAGGCCGUGGCGCCCUUCAAGACGCAAACCACUCGCUUCAAGCUGGGCGAGGAGUUUGACGAGGAGCGCAUGGACGGCAAGAAGGUCAAGUCAGUUGUCACCGCCGAGGGAAACGUCUACACGCAGAUCCAGAAGGACAACGACCUGGAGAUCAAGUACAUUCGAGAGUUCACUGACGACGAGAUUAAGGUGACCUCCCUCUGCAACGGUGUCUCCUGCCUGCGAGUCUACGGCAGAGUUUAG